UGACCAUUGACAACGCGGCAAGUGACAACAAAGUGACUCGUGGAGCGGCAUCCAGGCUCGUAUUCAAGCUCGAGAGAAGCGCAACACGGAUGUCGGCGAACUGGUUGGAGCCACCUGUGCGAUUUUUUCCCAUUCCGUUCGCUUGGCUUCGAGUUGAGCGGAGCCCAAUUCGGAUAGCCCGACGUGUCGCGUUGCCGAAAAGCUUCAGCCUUACAGUGCACUUAUGUAUCCGUAUUGUGCGGAGGUCCAGCGCACAUCAGGACCCUUGCAUCGUCCCAUUGGCCGUUGUUGCAACAAAAGAAAGCAUUCACGCAGUACGGAGAACAGAGUAUAUUUCCCAAAAAUCCAAAUCCCGGCAGCCGAGAUGAUAAAUAGGACCGACAUGCCCUUCUCUUCCGCCGGGAUGCUUCAGGCAUCGACUUGACUUCGAUUUUGUUCCAUUUUUAUUUUAUCUCAGUGGCUCACCUUUCGCUCGAAGAUGUCGAACCCUUGGGCAGAUACUCCGCUCUCUUUGAUAUCUGAAACCGGAAUCAAAGGUCGACCGGAUAUCCCUCUAGAUCAUGCCGCAGUGGAAGGGGCUCAGAAGAUGGCUGCUAUACAUAACAUCCUUCUCAGAUCUUUCAAUGCAUCCUAUAAUCAGUGUCUCGGCGUGAAGCGGAACACCAAGGAGGCUAGCGACUUCUUAGUCUUCAAUCAGGUCCUGUAUGAAAUGACUUCACACCAUCACCACCUUGAAGAGACAUGUUUGUUUCCGGAAAUCGAGAAGUUCACGGGAGUCAAGGGCCUCAUGGAUAAAAACAUUCGGGAACAUAAAGAUUUCGAAGGAGGCCUUGAGAAGCUCCGUGAAUUCUCCUUUAGCACCGAUGCGAGCACAUACGACGGAGAGGCUCUGAAAGCUAUCUUGGAUAUACUGGGGCCCGUCUUAGAGAAACACUUCCAUGGGGAAAUUUCCACCUUUCUUGAUCUAGCAGAAUAUGACUCGAAAGCAAUGGCGAAAGCGUGGGAUUUGGUAGCAAAAAAGGGGGCGUCUAGUACGAUUAAGUCUAGAACCGGAGUAAUGAUUCUUGUCUGCUCGGACAAUACGUUCGCCAUAGAUGAGAAAGAAGGUGGCUACCCACCGUUUCCGGCCUUUGUACCAUAUUUAACGAAAUGGGUAUUUCAGUGGCGGCAUGCCGGUACUUGGCAUUUUGCCCCGUCAGAUGUAUUUGGCAACCCUAAACCGCUAGCGUUUUUGAACCCUAAGACGACAUGA